CAGUUGAUAUUUUAUUGUAACGACCCCUGCUCCUUUCGUUUAUCAUUGCAAACGCUUUAAUUUAAAAAAGAAAAAACAAUAAAAAAAAAAGAGUCCUUUCUUACUUAAGCCCUUGAAUUUCUUUUUCUUCAGAGAAAGUCAGCCCACUCUAGGGUUUAAGCUUCUCUUUCAUGGGGGUUUUAGCUCAAACCUAGUCUCUUACACUCUCUAAUGGCAUUUACUCCAUUUUCACUCCUCAUUCUCCGACGCCUCUCCAUCUCAUCACCAACUCCUAAAAUUUCACGUUCUUCUACAUUUCACCUUUUCACCGCCACAACAGUAAAGCCCUUCUCUUCAACCCCGUCACCUUCAUCGUCAUCCGACCCGAACCCUUCCUCUUCGUCGUCACUCUCAGCUCGAUUGAGCUUUGUCUUCGACCAAAUCGACGCCAUCGAGAAAGACCGUUCUGAGAAGGACGAAACACUCCAGCGAAUUCGCACUUGGCGGGAAUCCAAGAAGGUCCAACAGCCGGAAUCUUCCAUCAAUGGUGAUAUUUCAAAUUCAAAUUCAAAUUCCACAAGUUCCGACUUGGUCGUUUCAUAUUCAGCCGCGUCGCCACCGGUUCCCGGAUAUGAUUCGCGCCAGUCUGAUAGGUCGUUGGGAGUUAAAAAUGAGGUGGAACUGGUGCACCCAUGGCCAGAAUGGAUCGAAUUGAUGGACAGGUUAGUACAACAGAACUACUUUGAUCAUAGGAGAAAAGAUGAGGACAAAAUGAUCCAAGAAUUGGGCUUCGAGUCUCCGCAGGAUGCUCCAACGGAUACGGGUGGCCUGGAUUUUAAGAAUUUUAAGCUUGUUCAGACCGCCUGCCUAAAUUUCGGAAAGGAUCGAUUCGAUAUCAUGAGGUCGUUGUCGAGACAGGAUAUUCAAAUUUUGGUGGGUUUUGGUUGCCCAAGUGCAGACAAGAAGGUGGUUUUCUCUGCAAAACUAUUGAGGAAAUAUGUGCAUUUUGAUGAAGGAGAUGUUUGUAGUUCCUGCAGUUUGAGGAACUCAUGUGAAAGAGCAUAUCUUCUCACAUUGAAAGAGGAUGAGGCGCGUACUAUUGAUAUAAUGCGUGUUUUAUUGGCUUAUGGUUUUGAUCCUACAAAUGGAUCAGCAGUGAAUCAGUCUCUUCUGAAACAGAAAUCUGUGAAGACUGUAGUACGUAAGUUGCUUCAUGAGGUUGUCAAGUUGAGUUCUGUACCAAUUGAUCCCAAUCUUCCUCCUCCGAUAUUUAAAAAGCCUCCACCAAAAGUAAAGCAGCCUCCUCCACCUCCAAAAAAACGGGUCGGCCGAGAUGACAUUGAGAUGAAAAAAGGGGACUGGCUGUGCCCGAAGUGUGACUUCAUGAAUUUUGCGAGGAACACUGCAUGCCUGCAAUGUGAUGCAAAACGUCCAAAGAGACAGCUGCUUCCAGGAGAAUGGGAAUGCCCUCAGUGUAACUUCUUAAACUAUAGGAGAAAUACUGAAUGUUUUCACUGUGAUUGCAAACGCCCACAUGAUGAAUUUUUAGAGAACAAAAUGCAAGAAAGGCAGAAUGGCUCUAAUAUGAGGUUUGAUAAGACAGCUAAUCGGUCAGAGGUUUCUAAUGCAUGGAAUUUUGACUUUGAUGAUGAUGAAUCAGACGGAGCAGAUGUUGCUGCUUUUGAGCAUGCAGACUCUUCAGUCAUGGGUAAAGGUUCGCCCUUAGAUAACCUAGGUGAGGGAGGAAAUUUCGGAAGGGCUGAAGAUAAUUUUAACAAAGCUAGUAGAGAGCCAAUGGUCCGUAGUGGAGAAUAUUCUGAUGCUGAUACUAGUAGACCUGGUAUAGGAUUUGAUGAUUUUGAUGAUGAAGAAGAUGACGUUGACCACUAUGAGAUAGAUACUAAUAAAAGUUCAGUGCGUAAGGUUUCUUCAAAUGAUUUUUCUGAUAUUGAAGGUUACUCUGGAUCAGAAGAUAGUCUAGAGUCUAACAAAGUAAUUCACGCACGUCAUCAGAUAAGAUCCUCUUCUUAUGACAACAAAGGUAAGUUCAGCCGUAGAAGAUCAUUCUCUGGAUCUGAUGAUUCAGAUGAUCUUGAUUUAGAUUCUGAUAACGAGCUGUCAGCUAAUCCCAAGUGGAAAUCCAGCCACGUUGCUGAUUCUAGACCAAGAGGUAGAGGUAGAGGUUCGAUCGGUCCGUCCAAGGGUCUCAGCUUUGGUUCGGAAGACGAGGCUGGGCUGUACUCUGAUGUGGAUGAUAACCGAAGUUAUAAUACUAAAUCAAGGGGAGGUAAAACUACUGAUUUUGGUAGGAGAAAAACUUCUGGCUUUGAUGAUUAUGGAUCUGAAUCAGAAGAUGAUGAUUUACACAGUGGUAGAAGUAGAUUCAGAGGAAAAGCUGAUUCAUAUAGCAGUGGUAAAAGUUCAAGAGGUCAAAGCAACUAUAAUUUCACCAAAGACACAAAGUUUAGAUCCAGUGAGAUGAAGAAUAGUAGAAAGGACUCGUUCGAAGAUGACGAUGAUGAUUUUGAUGGAUCAUCAGAAGGGUAUCACAGUAAAGGUCCUAAAGGAUUUAGAGGGAAGAACAACGGACCAAGAAUGAGUGACAGGGGGGGUGAUCGGCAGAAUUUCAAGGGAAGUAGAAGCGGAGGAUAUGGAGAGAAGCGAGAUGGUUAUGAUGAACGUAAAACCAGAGGGGGUGAUAGACAGAAUUUCAAGGGGAGUAGAGGCAGAGGUGGUGGAUUUGGAAAACAGCGAGAAGAUUUUGAUGAGCGUAGAGGCAGAGGCAGCGAUAGGCAGAGUUCUAAGGGGAGUAGAGGUGGUGGAGGAUUUGGAAGACAGCGAGAUGAUAGGCAGAGUGUAAAUGACAGAGGCAUAGACAAAGAUUGUGGCGAGUUUAAAAACAAAAGGCGUGUUAUUGAAAGAUAGAUUCAAUUGAACAAUAUGAAAUGCUGAAAGUUUUGCUAGAUAGCUUCUGUUUAAGUUAAUAGAAUUGAAUUGAUAGGUACCGUUAGUUUAAAAGUGACAUGACCAUAUUGUGCUUACAGAACCAAGGAGGUAAAGCUACUAUUUGAGUUUGAGCCAUUCAAAUUUUGCCAUAGUCUUAUACUAUUAGCUUCAAUAAGCAUUCCUGGUUAGAGCUGACCUGAAAAAAAAUAAAGCAGCAGCAGCAGCCUUUGAUAUAGGAGUUCAUUCAAGUUGGCAGACCAAUGUGAUUACCUUGCUUUUGAACAUUCAAGAAAAAGGGCUCUUUUUAUGUAUCCUAAUACAUACAUUAGGCAAAGAUUUAAUGGAAGGAAACAGUCAAACACGUGCCCUUAUAAUAUAUACAUGUAUACAGCUGGACUUGUAUUUUUCUGCUGAACACAGCAGAGAUGUUAUGGAAGGAAGAAAAAAAAACUUGAUAACCAA